AUGAUUGAUGCGUGUGCGUCCUGUGUGCUGAUGGACGCAAAGAGCUUGGAAGCUGAACAUGUUGAGCACGCGCUGCGACUGCAGAAUCUGCAGACAGCUGGUGAAGAGCAAGAGGCUGCAGACGAAAUUCGCAUGCAUGAUGCUCAGCUGGAACGUUUGCGCCUCCGUGCCCUGCUUGAACGAUACACUGAGCGUCAGCCCAAGGCAGAAGAGCUGGCCGAAAGGUACGAAGCAGAAAUCGACCAGCUGUCAGAGGAGCAAAGGCAGCUGCAGGAAGAGAACACAUUGCUUGCGCACAAAGAUGCCAUUGCGAUGGACCUUCUAGAUGAUGGAACUCCGUGUAGUCGAACAAGCGGGAGCCGGACUUCCCGCAGUUUGGGCCGUGUAGGCGCUUCACCGUCCAGAGUGGCCAUCCGUCGUACCCACAACCAGGCCAAGGAGAGGCGGCAGUGCGAGGCGAAGCUCAUGGCUCUUCGACGCCGGACGCAAGUGAAUGAGUGGUACCUGUCACGGCUCAAAGUUGAGCUUCGGGAUGUCUCCCGCAGCCUCCAAGGCCGUGAGAACCACUUGCGGGAAAUGCGAGAGCGCUUUGACGCAGCUGAGGAACAGCGCCACCGGCUUGCGGAGGAACGAAAUCGGACAGAGCGACAGUUGGCUUCAGAGCGUGAGGAGCUUGUGCAAUUGCACAAAGAGGCUUUAACUUUGAGGGAAGCCUGCUAUCUGCCCGCUCAGCUCAAGAAGAAAAGUAGUACACUCAUGAAAUUCCUGGAAGAGGGUGGUCGAUUGAAAACGGAGAAACACCUACGAGGACGAGAGGCGGUUGCAAAGCUGUACCAAAGCGUGGCGCAGAAAGCCCCUGAGCUGCAGGCCUCUGCAGGCAGAGUGAAGUCAGAGAUGGAUCUGGCCUUCAAAAGAUAUCAAGAGUUGCAGCAACAGCACAGCCGUUCCCUUCAGUUGUUUCACCUUACGCUUGCUCGGGGUGCUCUGUCAUCCCCUGGAGCACAGAAGUCUGUUUGA